UCGGCGUUUAAGUAAACACGGAAGACGGGCGGAAGCUGAAUCCAGAGGAGGCAGUUUUAGAUUUUAACAAUUUAUUUGUGCCAUUUAGCUUUAAUAAGCCCAGGUUAGAACAAGUUAUUCAAAUGUUUGCUUAAUACAUCUUCAGCAGAGAUGAGCGUCACUUUGGAUAUAAGACUGAAAAGAGCGAACAAAGUUUACCAUGAAGGGGAAGUGGUGGCUGGAGUCAUCGUGCUGGUGUGUAAAGAGGCUCUGCAGCAUCACGGCAUCUCUCUGAGCAUGGAGGGCCUGGUCAACCUGCAGCUCAGCUCCAAGAGUGUCGGCGUCUUUGAGGCUUUCUACAACUCUGUUAAGCCCAUCCAGCUGAUCAGCAGUAACAUCGAGGUGGCCAAGGCUGGAAAAGUCCCAGGAGGCAAAACUGAGAUCCCCUUUGAGUUCCCACUGAGCACAAAGGGAAACAAAGUGCUGUAUGAGACCUACCAUGGAGUCUUUGUCAACAUUCAGUACACGCUCCGCUGUGACAUGAAGCGCUCUCUGCUGGCCAAAGACCUGAGCAGGAACUGUGAGUUCAUCGUGCACUGUCAUCCACAGAAAGCUAAAGUCGUCCCUACACCUGUAAACUUCACCAUCACUCCAGACACCCUGCAGAACGUCCGUGAGAGGAGUGUGCUGCCAAAGUUUCUCAUCAGAGGAAAUCUAGACGCCACCAAUUGUGUGAUCAGCCAGCCGCUGACGGGGGAAGUGGUGGUGGAGAACUCAGACGUCCCCAUUAAGAGUAUUGAGCUGCAGCUGGUGCGAGUAGAGACCUGUGGUUGUGCUGAAGGUUACGCCAGAGAUGCCACAGAGAUUCAGAACAUUCAGAUCGCUGAAGGUGACGUCUGCCACGGCCUCGCCAUCCCCAUCUACAUGGUGUUUCCACGACUCUUCACCUGCCCAACACUAGAGACCACCAACUUUAAAGUCGAGUUUGAAGUCAACAUCGUCAUCGUGCUUCAUGAUGAUCAUCUGAUCACAGAGAACUUCCCCCUGAAGCUGUGCCGAGUCUGAAACUGGACGUCACAUCAGUAACACCGUAAACUCCAAGCAUGUUCCCUUCAAUACGUGGGACUAAAACAUGAUCUGUGAGGAGGAAACCUGCACCGUUUACCUGGAGAUCUGAACUCUGCUUGACUAAAAAUCCACAGGAAAAGGAGGCAAUGCUAACCUAGAGAGAUUUAAAAUACAGCGGAUCCUAACUAACACGGAUGAAAAUGACCAAAUGUUUCAUUUGAUUGUUUGUGAUUUUUUUAUUACAGUGUAAUAAAUGUCACACAAAUAAAUAAAAGUAUGAACCAUGCA